AUGAACGUUGGCCUUGCAACAACACCAACCUAUGAUGUGCGACAAGCCAUGGCCGCUCUGGAUGCCUUUAUUUUCCCGUCUAUUCCUUUCAACGAAGAAAUGGAGGUCAGGAGAACUUCGACCUUUCUUCAGCAUAAUCUCUAUCGUAUGUUUGAAGACAUAGAUCGUUCGAAAAAGAAAGUGCUUGGCCUUCAAAACUUGAAUCGAAUCACCCCGCAAGGUUGCUUCUUAAAUUCUAAAGAAGCUAAUUGGAACCAGGAAUACCUGGAUCAAGCUGAUGAAGCGGACCGGGUCGCGCUCAGAUAUGAAAAGCUGUUGCAUAUUGCUUUGAUGCAAAUGGCACAUUACCCAGAUUUAGCGCUGAAGAUCGUACCGAGCUCCGCAAUAAUCGAAUGGCCUGUGAAGUUGAGCCCAACCAUUGAAGUGGAUCGGGAGCCGCUUUUCCAUAAGAAAGCCGAUUUCCCCGACAAGAAAAGGAGCACCGAGCAAGAGACAGAGAAGGGUGUUGAGAUGCGGAUCAGAUUCCUGGCGCUCGGCCAAUUUCAAAUCGACCUGGCGAAAGUUAAUCAGUGCAACUUCGGUCAGGUGGAAUUUCACGUUAAACUGAAGCAGGCGGAUAGACUUCCACAAGGCGCCGCCGGGACAGUUUUUACCGAAGCUGCGUAUGCUAGGAUGAAAAAUGCACAGACUCCAGGCCUCGGUGGUCCGCUAAUCACAGAAACCACAGACCAAUGCGAAUUGAUACCUACCGAUAACGCUACAUAUUUUACAUUAAAGGCGAAAUCCAGUGCUGCGACCCGAUUCAAGACCAAUUUCGACAAUCUGAGCGUCCAUAUACCUUCUUCAAAGCAGCCGGGGUCGAGAACUGUGAAAUACUUUAUCAUCACUGUCGAGUUUGGGAUUCAAACCGCCUGGGGUGUUGUAUCGAAUCGGGGCGCCACCACAUUUUUCCAAUCGCUAAAUUGUGGGCAACAACGAGAGUUUCGUUACGAGGGACCAGUGGAAUCUCAUCCAUUUCAUAUCCACACCAAUACUUCAAAACAAUUUGACGAUCACUACUUGACAGCGGCGUGGAGCAUUAUGAUUAAAAACUUUGGAGAUCGACUCCCAAAUCCGGCAAACAGCAAACAACCAUCAGAGCAGUACGGAAUGAAUUAUGAACUCAAAAUGGUGUCGUUUACUGGAUGGCAGGGAACACCACGGCUGGAUAUACGGAUAAAGCUUGCCCGAGAACUUGGACGGCCGCCAAAAAAGGAGGAAGCCAAAAAGCUGGAAGCGAAGUUUCCACUUCGAUUGACAUUGACGGAUCGAGAUCGGCAAACCCCUGGGCACUGGAUCAAGGCGAUGCGCAGAGAAAUGGUGCGGUUGAAGGCAAUCGAAUUACCCAAUGAAAAGCUCUUCACCUUCGAAAUGUUGAAGGGAAAGCGUUAUAUUAUACGGGAAUUUGGACAUCUCGUAAGUAACGCGUCAAAUGAGCUGGCUGGGUAUGAAAUCAGCAAGACUGAUUUUAGCAUGUUACAGUGGCUUACUCACGCUGGAAAAGCGAUCGAUAACUCAAGUAGAAAAUUGGGAAAGAGCGAUGUUACGGAAGGGAAGGAUAUUACGGAUUUGUGGAAUGACAAGUUCAUAACGCUUUGUUCAACCAAGAAAAAUGAAGAUAUGGCAAAGGCCUGGAACAAAGCCAACCCGAAACUUGGUGGAAUGAGCAUAUGCUUUGAUGACAAGAGCAUCGAUCAUUUGCAUAUUUCGUAUGCGGCUGGUCCGGCUGGGUGCAAUUGGGGUCGAGUGCCUAUCGAUCUCAUCGGGAAGUUGAAAAAGCUGGAAAUUCGCAACGGAAAUGUUCAUGAGAUCCAAGGCUUUAAGGCGUUUUUCUUGCAGGGCUAUCCUUCGCAAUUUCAACGCAUUAUACAGCAGAUUAUCGAUGAGCAACCGGUGGGCUCGAAGCUCAUUUACAAUUCCGGAAACGAAGGAGGGCUGAUGGGAGCCAGGCCUGCUUGUUGUAUGGAAGAAAACGAAAUUGAUCCGCUUUUUGGUCCAAUAGUCAGACUGAGUGUGGCAGAUCAAAGGAAAAGAAACCUAGCACAAGUCGGAUUUGGAUCCCUUAGCAUGGAACGCGAGCAACCAAGACCCGCUGCCGAGGUUGAAGCCAAUCUUGCGAUGUCUCAAAAGCCACCUCCAUACGGAACAGGGCUUGCACCAUCACAAUUAGUAGUUGUGGACAAAUUUUCAUCACCACCUCCAGGCGCUACUCCUCCGCAACAUCAACAAUCACUACCUCCAAAUCCCUACCACUACUGGCCUCAACAAGUCCAACCCUGGAACACUUAUCCACAGGACCCAUCAGCUCCAUCAUUUUCCCAACACUGUCAGCAGCAAUACCCUGAACCGACCGGGUAUUUUAUCGCUACACCCUAUAAUGGCGGAUAUCCUGCGUGGACGGCUUAUGACCACUCGUUCGGAGGACCGGCGGCAUCUCCAGAGUAUUAUGGGAUGCAAAAUGGGUCUACAGGAAAUAGUCCAUUGGAUAGUCCAGAAUAUUUGGAUGAUCCGAGAAGACACUACCAA